GACUUGUCAAAAUCCACUGGCACACAGCUAGUACUUUAUUGUAUUGUGUCGUUCAGUUGUAUGGACGUAGUGUUUUUUUUUGGGUGUGCUGUAGUAUUGUAUAUUAUUUGAGAGAACUGAAAGCAGUCGUUCGUUCGACAUUUGUACAAUGUCUGUUGUUUUUCAAUGUGCAUUUAAAAAAAUUCAAGUUAAAUUACCAUUGAAUUAUUUCAAUGGACGCGCUAGCAAUUCGGGUUUCAAUUGAAUUGCACAAUAAUUUUGCGGAAAAUUGGUUGCGAUUCAGUUUAAGAAAACAGCAUCUUCAGUGAAUUUGUGUGUUAUACACACACACACACACAUCUAUAUAUUACUAUAUCGAUAAAAAUAUGGCUCGCAAGCAAUUGUUUAUAUGCGAUCUGCUACAAAGGCGGGAAAUCGGUUCACUGCAUCGCAACGAAAUUCAUCAAUUGACCGAAGCCAGCACCGGCCUAGCUGAUAAAUUAUUAGUACAUAAUAAUGUUAUUAAGACAAUUCCAUGCAUAGACGAUCGUUCGCGAUCCUCUUAUAUGGCAGUCACAAAUACCAAAGGCAUAGCCGCAAUGACCCAUUCGAACCGAUGUAUCAGCCUCAUUGACACGGGAACUAUGAAACGAAUCGCUGAAAUUGAUGGUCUCACACGCACCGUUUGGACGCUUUGCUUCCAUCCGCACAAUCCAAACCUGUUGGCCACCGGAGAUUUAGGCGGAACCGUUUGCGUUUUCUAUGGAACGACAAAAAUCCAAUCGAGACUGAACGACAGCUAUCCAGUAACAUCGAUUAGUUUCCAUUCCAAGGAACCACUGAUAUUUUAUUCCAUCGACAAUCGAAUUGUAAUAUGGAAUUAUGAGGAAAAUUUCAAAAUUAUCGAUCUCUUUGCGAUGGAAGAGUCGCGUAUAAAAUAUGUAAAAUACAAUCCCACCAAUGAUAUGCUCAUCACGGGAAUUCGCCGCGAAAAUCAAAUGUCAUCGUUUGAUACCAAAGAUGAACCGGACGAAAAUCAUGAAACUCGACUAAUUUCAUGCUCAUCAUUCUUCGAUCGUCUGUUGCGUUCAUUAAGUUCGAUUAUUGAUAACAUCGAUCCGAACAGUUUUGUUAACCUCGGCAAAUAUUGGUCACAUAUUCACGUACACACUAGCUCCUAUUACAAUGUUCUCAAGAGCUGUGACAAAGUGCAAUUACAGCCAGUGAAAUUUAUUGGCGAUUUUAACGUGUCACUGGCUUUAAUGCAAGUGCGUGUGCAUCAAAUUGCACGCAUGGUAUUUCGAUGUGAUAACUUUUCAAACGAUGACAUCCUAAAUGUUGAUUCGGAACUGGUAUCGACAUCGGAUGAAUUCAACUAUUACUCGAUACGAAACACAUUAGAAGCAAUAAAUUACAUUCUCAAAAUGUACAAAAAUGAAGUGAAGCAGUUCAAAUGUGUGGAUCAUUUAGAAUUUUCCACAUUGGCCGACAUCAUUGUCACCAUCCACCGAAUAUUGAAUCUCAACGAUUUAUCCAAUUUGAUAAGACAAAAUAUUCAACGGUCAGAUCUGUAUCAAUACAGACUACAGGCAUGGAAUAUGGCAAACAUGCAAGAAACAUACCUACCGGAUUUCUCACAAAACUGGCGUAAUUUGAUUACGUACUGUUACAUACACAACGAUUCCACGGUCGAGCUGUCCAGAUGUGGUACGAUGAUAGCCUCAUUCGAAGUAGCAAGUUCGAAGAAAAUAAUUACUGUACAUAGUUUAGAAAAAUCGACACUGGGUCAAUACAUCUGUUCAUAUGGAUUGGACAGUGAUGAGAUUUUGAUGUCGCUAUCAUUUUCGCCGUCAUCCGAGUACUUGUUAGUUGGUGUUCGAUCGAGUAAAAUUUUUGGAUGUUUUUUGAAAAUUGCCAAAAAUCGUAAGACAAAUAAAAUUAGCCCACCGAUAUGGAUACACAAUUCUGUUGAUAGUAUUGAAAAUAAUGACGACCAAAUUGCAAUGUUAAAACGAAGCCUAUCGAAUCCGGAUGUGAUCAGCUAUUUAAAAUGGUCAGCACGGUCGGGCGAUGGUGUUAUUAUCGGCUAUAAAACAUACCAAUUGCGUUGCUUGGUGCGCCGAUAACCAACACUGUGUCACAAAAAUUAAAUUCAAUAUGCUUAAGUCGUUGUUUGUCUCAAAUUGACAUUUGUGCAAACGAACUGAUUUAGAUUUUUAAGUGUCACUCCAUUUUUUUUUUGAAAUUGUAUCGAAAAAAAAUUCUGUUUCGUUUUACUUUAUCCAGUGAGAAGAAUUGUUUUUAAACUAUGGCAUCAAUGUAAUUAUUUGGUUUUUAAGGUUUUUUUUUGUUUGUAUGUUAAACAUAAUAUACGUUUCGAGUUUGAUAUAUGGUAGAUUUGAUGAAAAAAACAACACAGCUGAAUUGAUGGAAAUAGACGAACAAAGCGAGCCAAGUGCACUGUUGAAGGUCUUAUGAAGAGUUUCUCAGUUGUCAAAUUGCAGCCCAUCUGAUUUUGAUCAUCAUCAAACCAAACACUCACACUCGAAAUCAAUUUUAAAUACAUACAAUUCCGAAUCGGUUAUUUGUUUUUCCUUUCUGAAUGUGAUUCAUUUAAGUUAUCGAUAAAACGAACUGAAGUACGCAAUAUCCCAUUUUAGAAUGUACUCAAUGUGUCCUUUUCUAAUCAAAGAAAUAAAAUAGUCAUUAAAAUAAA